AAAAGAAUAUCAUAUUAAAGAUGAUGUGGUUAAAGCGCAAUAUUCUCCCGAUCUUCGAGAAUAUAUCUCGAGUCAAUUAUUCGAAACUAGAAUUAAUGAAUUCAAUACAGCGAUACAAAGUUGUGCAUUAGCAAAGGGUCUAUAUUUAUUUCUUUAUCUUUUUACUACGUUCUUAGUGCUAGUAGUAGGAGUACCAAUAACAAAAAGUAAAGCAGACAGAUAUGAAAAUUAUUCGGAAGUUCAAUGGAUGUAUUUCUUAUUGAUUGUAAUGGGUGUAUAUGUUAUGAAAAUGAGGGAAGUCGAAAAGGUGAUGGUACGAAUAAACAAUUCAGACAUCCAUAAACAUAUCUUUUGGAAGCUAGAUUUCACUGAAAAAUAUAUGAUGGAAGGAUAUAGGAAAAAGUAUUAUCUCGCCAACAAUAACUCAACAAGUAACAGUAAUACCAUCACCAAUUAUGGUACCAUCACAGUCAUAACAGGAAAUGCCACAACAUUAUCACUAAGCGAUAAUCAAACAACUCGAGGAAUUUCAAUUGACGCUUCACAAUUAAAUCAAUUAAAUCAAAUAUUAGCUGUAAAUCAACAGCAACAACAUCCACCUCAACCCCCAGCAAAAUAUUAA